AACGAGAUCUUACGAUAAUAUUUUGCACGCAUAUAAAUCACAACAAAUGCUGAGCCCAUAAUGAUGCUACUGUAAGGGAUGAAUAACCCAUGGGAGUUUUAUUGGGGUUUCGCAAAUGUUGGAGGUUACGGCCGAUCUCCGUCCGGUGGUCAGCGUCAGUUGCAUUACGAUCGCGAACGGGCCAUCAUGGUGAACUUACGGUUGGUAGUGGUACUUGCAGUGUGCUUUACGGUGUCAAGCCUUCUCGACUUAGCUUCGGCAAGACCACAGUUUCCUGGCAACUUCUUUCCUGGUAACCUUGGAGUGCAGAGUCCGAUAGGAGGUGUGUCGCUGGGUGCACCGUCCGGGUUUCCUUUCAACUUUGGCCAGCAACCUGCCCAGCAGUGGGGUCCUGGUUGGGGACAGCAAGGGCAACAGCAGCAAGUACCGCAGCAGCAAUAUCCACAGCAGCAAGUGCCACAACAGCAAGUUCCUCAACAACAAGUGCCGCAGCAUCAGGUUUAUCAGCAACAAGUGCCACAGCAGCAAUAUCCUCAACAGCAAGUUCCUCAACAGCAAGUGCCGCAGCAGCAAGUUCCUCAGCAACAAGUUCCUCAACAGCAAGUGCCACAACAGCAAAUUCCUCAACAGCAAGUACCACACCAGCAACCAACUGUCACGAAUUAUGCUCCCAAUGGUGAAGCAUUAGACUCUCGGAUUGGUGGAGAAUCUGAGGCACCGGAAGAAAAUCCGUGUCAAAUAGGUGAUGUCUCGACUGGGUUGCCAAACGAAACCGGUGACGAUGGUGGCAAUGUGACGGAACAGCCAUGUAUCGGAAUUGCUGGAGGUAACAGGAUUAAUCCGAAACAGGCGGCACUACUUUCGCUGGUUGGAUAGUGGAGCACAAUCCAGCAAAAAACGCAAAGCUUUCGCUACGAGUUGUUUUUAAAUAAGCGAAUGUAACCACUUCCUAAAAUGAAUUUUAUAAUAAAAUACCUACAGAGAUUGUGUGUGAGAAACCAGAA